AUAGCGCAAGACCCCGUGACACGUGAUGCGCCAGCUGUUGGCCUAUUGCGUAGUGUUUGAAUACGUUCUGCUCGUUCUGUAACUAGCAUAUACCUGUCUGGCACAUAUACUGGCUCCACAGCAAAUUUGGCCUCGGCAGACUAGCGGAGCAAACCCACUGAGAGCACAUGCUGCGUAUUCCGCUACGGCUUCUACGGACGCCUGCGGCGCGGCGCGCCGUGCGGCCACGACUCUCCGCGGCGCCAUCACUGUCCGCGGUCUCGGGUGCAUGCCGACCGAAAUCCAGCGCAGCCGCGCCGGCUGACGCGGACGCCGGCGCCACUCUUGCCGCGCCGCGCGACGACCCGCCGCCCACAAAGAUGAACGUGGCCGUCGACGCGGAAGUCGAUGAGGACGACGACAUGGAGGACAUGUUCGUCGAUACGAAUAUGGGGAAAGAGUGGGGCGGCCCGACGCGCGGCGGGCGCAUGCCCGAGCCGACGCGGUUCGGGGAUUGGGAGCGAAAAGGCCGCGCGACGGACUUCUAGAACAACGCUGUAAUUCAUUGUAGACAUAACAACAC